ACAGCUCUUGGGGCUAGCUAUUAGAUAUCACACAUUCACCUCUUAUCAUACCACACAUCUUAACAGGUCCAGUAGUGUCUCAGUUGAUGACACUGUGUCAAGUGUCAGAUGAUAAAAAAGCUGGAAAAUUGUUCACUAGGUAUGCUGUUAGAGGCUCCACUAGAGAUGAAAUGAGUUUGAUGGACAAUAAGUUUUCAUAUCAGGGCACAAGAGAAUUGACAAAACUAUCUCUGGAGAUUAACAAAUGGGUUCUUGAGACUAUAGUCUACAAACGCUGCAUGAGAGACUUAAUGUAUUACCUUGAGAAAAGAGGGACUCAAGUAAAAAAGAAAGUAAAACCGCGAGUCAGACUCAUUCAGAAAGCAAACUCAGAUUCUGGAGGGUUUCGUGUGAGUUGUUUGGCGACAGGAUUUUACCCUCGUCACAUCAACCUGACCCUGUUCAGAGAUGGACAGCCUGUAUCUGAUCAUGAGAUCACUGGAGGAGAUCUGCUGCCCAAUGGUGAUGGGACGUACCAGAUGAGGAAGAGUCUGGAGACCAGUGGAGACAAACACAAAUACACCUGCUCUGCCACACACCUCGGUUUGGACAACAAACUGGACAUCACUUUGGAAUUUGAUCCUGGUGAACCAUUUAAAUCAGCGAUUCCCUCAGUGCUGAUAGUUUUGGCUCUGAUGUUGGUGUUUGGGGCUGGAGCCGUCAUAUAUAAAUGCAGGAGGAGACUAGCAGCUUCAUCUAAAAGUGAUUAUUCUGCUGCUUCUACAUCUGAAGAAAGUUUGGAAACAACAUCAACAAAUAAAACACAAUAGGAGACCCCACAGAUGAGUGAAACAUCUCAGUAACUUAAUGAUCUACCAGGAAGGCUUCUAAUAUAAAAACAAUUUGAUUGACAAUGUAUUUUAUUGCAAAUAUUAAUGUUAGUAAUAUAUAUAUAUAUAUAUAUAUAUAUAUGUCACAGUCACGUU